AAAUUAACACACAUUGUAAAAAUAAAAAAAAGAGGACGAGAAAAUAAUAAAGCGGAAUCCUUCCAGCUUGCGCGAGUUGAGUUUUUAUUGUAUUUUCCAGUUCUCGAUCCGAUCAGCGACGAUGGAAGUAUUCCACACAUAAAAAUUCUCCAAAUCAAACCGUUUUAGUUCUUGCUCGAUCUUCGUACCUUCACGGCUAUAAUCCUCUGCGAUUGCUCCCCAUGGCCGCGCCGUUUUUCUCGACUCCGUUUCAACCUUACGUUUAUCAGAGUCAGCAAGAUGCUGUGAUACCUUUCCAGAUUUUGGGUGGUGAGGCACAAGUGGUUCAGAUAAUGUUGAAACCACAAGAAAAGGUUAUUGCAAAGCCAGGUUCUAUGUGCUUCAUGUCUGGUUCCGUUGAAAUGGAGAACAUCUUCAUCCCUGAAAAUGAGGUGGGUAUGUGGCAGUGGCUUUUUGGGAAGACUGUCACGAGUAUAGUCCUUCGUAAUGCUGGUCCAAGUGAUGGAUUUGUUGGAAUUGCUGCACCUUCUCUUGCAAGAAUUCUCCCAAUUGAUUUGGCAAUGUUUGGUGGAGAGAUCUUAUGUCAGCCAGAUGCAUUCCUUUGCUCUGUCAAUGAUGUAAAGGUCAGCAAUACAGUUGAUCAGAGGGCACGAAAUGUCAUGGCUAGUGCAGAGGGAUUUUUGAGACAGAAGCUAUCCGGACAAGGCCUUGCAUUUAUUCUUGCUGGAGGAUCUGUUAUACAAAAAAAUCUUGAGGUGGGUGAAGUACUAUCUGUUGAUGUGUCUUGCAUUGUCGCCCUUAAUACCACAGUUAAUGUACAAAUCAAAUACAAUGGUCCCAUGAGAAGGGCAGUAUUCGGGGGUGACAAUUUGGUAACAGCAACUGUAACGGGACCAGGCAUCGUUUUUAUCCAGAGUUUACCCUUUCAGCGUUUUUCGCAGAGAAUUGCUAGGGCAGUGACAUCUCCAAACAUGAGAGAAAAUCCAAAGUUCUUUGUUCAGAUAGCCAUUUUCUUUUUUCUGGCAUAUGUUGUGAUUGUAUCUUCGUUAAUAUUGACCGAUGUGUGAUUUUUUAGUGUUCUUUUCCUUUUGCUUUCUCUUUAGGAAACCCCACAGUAGUUCUUAAUGAAUCAUUGUAGUAUUUGAGUCAUUAAAUUCAAAUAUAGUCAAAUCAUUGGAAACAAAGAAUUUAAGUUGGUUUCUUGGAUUUA